UACAGGAAAUGGACCGAAGAUCCUUGCCGCGGCGUGUUACCCUAAAAGGGAAGAAAAACUCUAUGAGAUGGAGUAAACGAAGUGAAAAGUUUCAACUCAUAAAAGAUUAAGGGACCAUUCUCAUGGGGAGAGAAACAGUUAUUGGAUUAGUGGGGAAACCUUCUAGUGGGAAAUCCACUACACUUAAUUCUCUUACUGAUGCCAAUGCAAAAGUGGGGGCAUUUCCAUUUACAACUAUUGAUCCUAAUAAAGCAACUGGAUAUCUUGAAGUAGAAUGUGCAUGUGCAAGAGUUAAACAACUGGAUUUAUGUAAACCAAAUUAUGGAUAUUGUAGAGAUGGUAAGCGUGGAGUUCCAAUAAUGUUACUUGAUGUGGCAGGUUUAGUUCCUAAUGCUCAUUUAGGAAGAGGUUUAGGUAAUAAAUUCUUAAAUGAUUUAACAGAAGCAGAUUGUUUAAUUCAUAUAGUUGAUGUUAGUGGAACUACUGAUGCAGAAGGGAAAUCAACCAGAGGUUAUGAUCCAUUACAAGAUAUUGAGUGGUUACAGGAUGAGAUUUUCCGAUGGAUUCUUGGGAAUUUAAUGGAAAAAUGGCCAUCGAUUGUUCGUCGACAUAUUGCUACUAAAUCUUCAACCUUGGAGACUUUAAGAGCUCAAUUAGGUGGGUAUUCUGCUAAUACUCAAUUAGUAGCCAAAGCUUUAUCUUUAAUACCUAAUUUACCCCCAUUAAAUGAAUGGGAUAAUGAAAUGAUUGAACGAGUAAUUCAUUCAUUUAUGGAAGUUAAAUUUCCUACAGUUUUAUCAUUGAAUAAAAUGGAUCAUCCUGAUUCAGAUAAAAAUGUUUCUAAAAUCAUUUUAAAAUAUCCUCAACUGAAAGUUGUUUUGACAUCUGCUAUAACCGAAGUCUUUUUACGAAAAUUGAGUAAUCAAAAAUUUAUCAAAUAUGAUCUGGGAACUGAAUUUGUUGACACCAUUGAUGAUUUGGGUCCAGAGCUGGGAUUAAAGCCAUUAGAUGAUAAAUUAAGAAAUAGAAUUGAAAAUAUCCGUGAUUUAGUACUUUAUAGAUUUGGAUCAACUGGUGUGAUUCAAUUAUUGAAGAGUGCGGCUGAACUUCUUGAUUUAGUACCUGUUUUCCCAGUUAGAAAUAUUCAUAAUUUUACGGGAGGAAAUGGAUCCAAUGUAUUUAGAGAUUGUAUAUUAGUUAAACGAGGAUCAAGUGUGAUAUCAGUAGCUAAGAAAAUUAUGGGAGAUGUUACAAUAGUAUCUAUUGAAGGUCUUGGAGGGAUUAAGAUUGGAGAAGAAGAUACGGUAGAUAUUGGUAAGAAUGAUAUUCUUAGUUUCAAAGUGAUUUCUAGUCAUUAAGCAUUAAAUAUUGGACAUUAAAUAUCAUGUAAAUAGAAUAGAAAGAGUAUAUAUAGUUAAUAGAC